GGUUUGCUUUCCUCGUCUGCCAGACCACCACACAUCCAACGCUCAAUCUCUCUUCUCGCAGAUCUACUUCCUCCUUCCUCCUUCAGCUGAUCACGUGUCGCCUUUUUCAGACAGUGGUGGAAAGUCAACACUUUGGGCGGCCGCCACGUGGGAACGCACACUGCUACAUGUCCACCCUCCGAUUCGGACGCCUUCCUCAUUCCCGAGCCGUUGGAUUAGAGAUGAAGUGUGCAGAACAGGACAAAAAGAAGGGCGCGCACAUGACGGUCGAUGCACCUUUUGAGCAUCUGAUUAUAUUUUUUACACUACGCACUCAACAGUUACGCAGCUCUGAAGAGGAAGAUCUGCGUACCAGAGGAACUCCUGCUCUUUACAUCCACGCCUACUCCAUUGGUUAGAGUCGUUUCAUUCUCGAAGAUCCGACUGCCCUCUUUUGAUCUCUUUCUCUGAAUAUUUUGAAGAAUUUCGGCAGUUUUUUUGGGAGUGGUGUUUAGUGUUUAGGCAAUGUUUGGUGCUUGAUUAUGGCAAGAGAGAUCGAAGAGCCGUUUAGCCUUAACUUUCAGGCAGAUUCCUUGCACUCAGGCUCUAUUUCAUUUGGAAGGUUUGAAACUGAAUCAUUAUCUUGGGAAAGGAGGUCCUCCUUCUCACAUAAUAGAUAUCUUGAAGAAGUUGAAAAAUACUCGAAACCAGGUUCAGUUACUGAGAAGAAAGCUUAUUUUGAAGCUCACUUCAAGAAGAGGGCUCUUCUUAGUCAGAGUUUAUCUGAGUGCCAAACUGGGACUGAAUACCAAACCAGUGAAAAUGAUGUUAUGGAGAACAUAGGUUACAGAGAAGAAUUUGAGCAUGAGGAAGGUAUCCACUUUGCUAACUUUGAUGGGAGUUCUGGUGGCUCAGGUCAUCAUGGAGACUGUGAGGUGACAGAAUGUGAAAGACAGGAUCCAGUAAUCUCACAUUCUGAGUUUCAUGUGGAGCCUGCUUUCAACAAUACCAAUGUUGUCGAGGACGAUGUUUUUAAACAGGUUGAGCCUGAGGAGACACAUCAAACUGAAGCUGGAUGCAACAAAUCACUUCUUGUUAAUGCUGAACCCAAGAUAGAAGUAAAACAGGGCCUCCAUGGUGAAGUGGUAAAUGUAGAUGAACUAUCAAAAGCCAUCAAUCUGUCUCCUAAUACUCAGAGAACAGGGAAAGAUGAUAGUACUAGUUUUGAAUAUCAGCUAAAUGCUUCUCCAAAGGCGAGGAGUACAAAAGAAAGCAAACCUACCAAGGUCAGAUUGAAGUCUCAGAUCAAUGGUACUCAGGUUCAGAGAAAUAUUUCCAAUCAUGCAUCUAAAGAUUCUGCAAAAAUUCCAAGUAGAAGGGGAAGAGAGAGUCCACAGAGGACAAAAGUAGAAAAGCUGUCAGCACAAACCACCAUUUCAACUACUCGUUCAACAUGCAGAACUCUAAAAUCAGAGGAUUCUGAGUGUUCUUCAAAGGCAAAAAUCAUUCAAGAGAAUAGAAGCAAUGAAAGGGAAUUAAGGACAAAGAAAGGAAUUGAAACCCAAACUUCUGCAUCAGAGAAGGUUGAACCAGGAGGACGUCAAACAUCAUACAGGCUCAAGCGAAAUGUUAAUUUGAGUAAAGCAGAUAUGAAAUCAAAUCCUGCGAUUUUCAAUUUCAGAAGUGAUGAACGAGCAGAGAGGAGGAAAGAGUUUUUUAUGAAGUUGGAGAAAAAAAUGCAUGCUAAGGAGGCUGAGAUGAACCAGAUUCAAGCAAAGACACAGGAGAGGACAGAAGCUGAGAUUAGACAAUUUCGGAGAAGUCUCAACUUUAAAGCAACGCCAAUGCCAUCUUUCUAUCAUGAUUCUGUAUCACCAGCACCAGAUGGAAACAAUGCUGUCUCAAUUAACAAAUCAACUAAGCGACAGAUCAAGUCAUCAAGUGCAGGGGGUAGAGCUGCUGCAGGAUUCCCAUUGUAUCCAAAUACAGGAAUUGACCAAGUAGUAUCUGCCAGUGAAUCUGUAAACACAACUAAUCCACCUCAAGUCACAAAAGCGAUCAUUCGGACACCAUCAGCCAACAGAAACAGGCCCCACCAAGCUGUGGUGAAAAAUGAAUUGGCAAUGAAGAAAGAGCAAGAGAAGGAUGCAAAUGGGCAGAAACAUAGAGUAUCAGAAGUUAGUAAGGUGACAAAAGGGAGAGUUGAGGGAAAGCAUAAUGCAGGAGCUGGGAGAAGCAGCACUGGAAUUGUAAGGAAAAAUAUGAAAGACAUUGGCAUCACUGUUUCAGGUAUGCGUCAUCUAGCAGUUGGUGUUGCAUGGUGAAAAGGCAUUCAUUCCCCUUUGCUCCCAUCCAUUGUCUCCUUUAGCUAAAGUUACGUUCUAUCACGGCCUUAUCAUACGUUCACUACCAUGCCUUUUGAGUGAAAGCGCAGGGCAUAUCAGGUGAGUUCAAAAUGAGGAGAAUGCCUUCCCCAGUGGCAUGGUGGGGCUAAAUCAUCAAAAUUCACAGCUGAGGGGAGUACUUCUCUUCAUUAUUAUCACUCUUUGCGCUAUUCCACAUUUACAUGCAUGCGGCAUCUAAUGUAAGAUGAUGCCGGGAUGGAAAAUAACAGCGGCUCCUUGGCUCUGUUUCAGCUAGUUGCUAGAACUUAGAAUUACUAGUUUCGCUUGCCUAAUUGUAGAACAUGGAUAGAAGUUAGUUCAUUCUAUCAUUCAUCAGCAAGUACCAGACAGAUCUUCUGAAAUUAGAAAAUGCCAUCAAUUGUACUACUUCGUUAGAUAACAGGUGAUAAUUAGAUGUUAGGAAACUUUUGCAUUUGAUAAAGAUGCUAAUGAUUGUCUGCAGAAAGCUUAUUAUGAACAUACGAGGCCCUUAAAGCCUAACAAAGAUGAUGGGUGAACGGUUAGCUCCUGUUUCUGA